AUUGUUUUAGUGUGAAAUUAUAAAAUACUGUGUGAAUAAAAUAGUUUAUUAAAAUGCUUGACUCUGAAAAAGAAUGGUUUAUCGAAGCUCCAUGGGGAAGAAUUUGUGUUGUGGCUUGGGGCUCCUGCUUCAACCCACCUAUACUACUGGUACAUGGAGCUGUGGACUCGGCGGCAAGCUGGAGGCCCAUCAUAGAGCGGCUCCCUGACCGCUUCUACUACAUUGCCAUGGAAUUGCCAGGCAACGCGCAUUCUGACUGGUUCCCACCCGGUGUCAUGAUGUCCGUGCACGACCUGGUGUACUCUAUGGAGGUGGUCCGAAGGCACUUCCGCUGGAAAACCUUCGGGUUCAUGGGACAUUCACUAGGGACUCUGCUAGGUAAAGUGUACAACCUGUCGUACCCGGACAGAAUGUCGUUCGUGGUGGACUUCGAUCCCACACCGGCGUACGCCGCCGUCCGACCAGACCAGUUUUCUGCAUGGUACCAUUAUUACUUCACGAGGUAUUACCAGAAGUACCACGUCUACAACUCGCCGAAGGAUAAUGCUCCGAAAUACACGAGAGAAAAGGCGCUGUCAAUGCUGGAGCACAACCGCGGUCUGACAGGCGCCGUAGCUAGCAUGGUGCUUGACAGGAUAUCCGAGCCGCUGGGGGAGGGGCUCGUCAGAUACAUCUUCGACCAGCGGACCAAAACGGUCGUUUUCCCGCCGAACACAUCCGAGCACUUACGUAAACUUUACACCAACCUAAAAACGCCCACUCUCACAAUAGUAGCCACGGAGUCUCUAGAGCGUGGCGCGUAUAAAGCCACCCCGUUCGCGCUUGACGAAACUUGUUACCCACAUAACAAUUAUAGAGUGAUCACAGUGGAGGGGAAACAUGAUGUGCAUGUGAUGCAUCCGGAGAGGAUGGCGGCGUUUGUCGAGCUGUUUUUGUUGUAUGGAGUGGACGGGCUGGGUAGGAAAGCUAAGCUGUGAUAUCUGUUUUUUCUUAUU